UCAGGCGACAACAGGCACAGGACGCUGCUGAAUAUUUCAACAACAAGGAAGGCUACAGAGGCCCAGGGAGGAGGGGAAGAUGAAGAUACAGUAGGGGAGGGGCUGAACGAAACAAGAACAAGUCCAAAGUGAGACACACCUGGAAAAAAGCACCUGGACACUUGCAAGCUAACAAGAAGGCACUCAAACCAGGCGUCUGUCACAUGUGGACCAACAAGAAGGAGGAGAAGGGAAAAGACAUCUGAUUGACGUUGCCAUGGCGUCCAUGGGCAUGCAGAUGCUGGCCAGCGCCCUCUGCCUGCUGGGCUGGGUGGGCAUCAUCAUCAGCUGCCUGCUGCCCAUGUGGAGGGUGACGGCCUUCGUGGGCAGCACCAUCGUCACCUCGCAGACCAUCUGGGAGGGCAUCUGGAUGAACUGCGUGGUCCAGAGCACGGGGCAGAUCCAGUGCAAGCCCUACGAGUCGCUCCUGGCGCUCAGCGCCGACCUGCAGGCCGCCCGAGCGCUGAUCGUACUCGCCAUCGUGACUGGCGCCGCGGGCCUCAUCCUGGCCUUUGUUGGGGGGAAGUGCACCCGCUUCAUGGAUGACGAGCGGCCCGGGUCCAAAGGGAGAGUGGCGGUGGCGGCGGGGGCGGUGCUGAUCGUCACAGGAUUACUGUGUUUGAUUCCCACCUCGUGGGCGGCUGGCGCUGUGGUCAGGAAAUUCUACAGUGCUGCCAUUGAUGCUCAGCGCCGGGAGAUUGGUGCGUGCUUGUACAUCGGCUGGGGGGCAUCCAUCUUGCUCAUCCUUGGAGGGGGAUUGUUCAUCAGCUCCACGUGCCCCCUCAAAGCGCACGACGCUGACAAGAGCCCAUCGGUUCGAUACCUGGUGGUCCGUUCCUCAAACGGGUCCAACAGGCCCGGCUCACAGCACAACAGGAUACCAGCAGCUAAGCCAGCCGGGGCGGUUUUCAACCGGCCUCCGGGCUACGAGGGGACCUCCGCAAAGUCUGAGCCGCCUGCCAGGACCACUUGGACAGACGGACCUGAGCCAGGUCUCAGACAAGGGUCCGAGAGGUCCUGGGCCCCCUCAACCAAGUCUCAGUUGAAGCGACAGGACUCGGCACCAUCGGAGCAAAGCGAGGCUCUGUCCACCAAGUCUCAGCUGCAGCGGGCUGAGCUGGACCAGACUUUAGACUCGACCAAGAGUGAACACGAGGACGCGUCUGCCAACCCAUCAAAGACGUACAUCUGACAUGUGGACAAACUUCAUUUGUAGUCUUUUUACUACUUACUUACUUCUGGGUACUUCUUCUACAGGUACCGCAACACAACUCACAAAAUACUCUUUAAGCGUAUUUAAGUCGUGUCACAAUGUGUGAUUUUUAAUAUAUAUGAAUUAUACCGUGACGUUUUAAUAACAAAGACACUUGCUUGCCGCUGACUGGUCGACGGAAGAUGUCCCAAGAUCCCAGGAAACAAUAAGACAGUAAAUAACAGAAAGGUAAUAUAACAGCCAGUAAAUAAAUGAACUGAAUAAUAACAAUAAUGUGCACUUGUGUGUAAAUGUGACUUUUUAACUUCAUCUUUUGAAUAGAUUGUUUUUAGACUGAUUUGUGUGUAUUUUAUUUUAUUUUUCAUUAAACAGCAGUUGCAAGCUU